CUUGGUACCCAGGCGGCCAAUCAGUGGCUGAAGAGUGUUCUGGGCCCUGGGGAUCUGUGCUUCCCACGAUGGGCCGCCGGCGGGCGGCGCGCGGGCCAGGGGCAGAGGGCAACCGCGCUCGCCGUCAGGGCCGCUCCCUGGAGACUUUCGCCGGAGAGGUGGGCACCGCGUUGCGCGCGUCCAUGGAGUCAGAGACCGCCGAGGACGAGGGUGGCUCGGGCCCAGCGACGCUGCCCUACGUGCUGGCCAUGUGGGAUCUGGGCCACUGCGACCCUCGGCGCUGCACGGGCCGCAAGCUGGCCCGCCUGGGCCUGGUGCGCUGCCUGCGCCUCGGCCACAGGUUCGGCGGGCUGGUGCUCAGCCCCAUGGGCUCCCAGUAUGUGUCCCCGGCAGACAGACAGCUCGUGGCUCAGGCUGGGGUUGCUGUCAUAGAUUGCUCCUGGGCCAGACUGGAUGAGACGCCCUUUGGGAAGAUUCGAGGGAACCACUUGAGACUGUUACCCUACCUGGUGGCUGCGAACCCUGUAAACUAUGGCCGGCCUUGCAGACUUUCCUGUGUGGAAGCGUUUGCUGCUGCUUUCUGCAUUGUGGGCUUUUCAGAUCUUGCUGUCAUUCUGCUGCGGAAAUUUAAGUGGGGCAAAGGUUUCAUGCACCUGAACCGCCAGCUCCUGGACAAGUAUGCAGCCUGCAGUGGACCUGAGGAGGUGCUACAAGCAGAGCAGGAGUUCCUGGCCAGUGCUAAGGAGAGCCAUGAGGAGGAGGAAAUUGACCCAUUUGACGUGGAUUCAGGGCGAGAGUUUGCAAAUCUCAACAGGCCUGUGGCUACUAUCCGGCUGCCAAUGGACACAGAUAGUGACGAGUCUGAAGAACAAAGGCCUGAAGACAAGGAUGGAGAAGAAAACAGCUGCUCCCAGGAGCAGACUCUGGCACAAGGGGAUGAGGCCAGGGCCUCAACUGAGAUUUAGAAAGGAAUCAAGAAACGGCAGUUUGAAGGGUGUAGACACAUUGUUGAAGUGGGGUAAUAAGGACUCGAGACAGCAAUGAGACACAGGAGUGGACUGGCAGUAGUAGCUCUGGCAGUUGUGGACGGAGUGGGGCUUGUUGCAAUACAAGGAUAGGCUUACUGUGUCAGGGUCCUGCUUUGAUGCUCUCUCAAUGAAGCCAUGGACUGAGGA